GGUCCGACCCCGGCUGCUGCUGCUCGUAGGAUUUUGAAUCACCAUGAUAAUAAGCAGAUGUCUUCGAGCAGAAAUAAUAGUAGGUUUGGAUUUAGGCAAGUGAAGCCCUGAGAAAGUAUGAUGAGGAGUGACAGUUGUGGAAGUAAAGAUAGUAACAAAAAGAUGGGGACAAGAUGGUCGAGGUUAGAUAGACGAUCCUCCGAUCAAUGCAUAAGCCGAUCUUUUCCUGGGGAGCAGCAGCAGCGACAGCAAGCAAGCUUUGGGGUGAUGAACUAACUGGCUUUUGGAGGGGAUCCGAUCCGGCUCUUCUCUCUCUCAGCUCUUUCCUUUCCCUCCGUCUGUCUCCUUCUCUCUUCCUCUCGGGUGUCUCUCUGACUCGACCGGUUAGUCAGGCAGACAUCGGCAAGAGAGUGAAAAGCAGAAAAUGGCAUAACCGACCAACUAACUCAAACCCAAACCCCAAAGGCCCGCUGAGGAAUUCCGUGCCGUGGAAUUGGAACCUUCCGAGAUGGCGUGUUGUCUCAUUCUCUUCUCUUCUCCUUCUUCCCCCUCCAUCCGGUUCUCAACAAAGUUCCAAUCGGGAACUGGAGAGAGUCGUGCAAUGAAGAAAAAUCUAUAAAUUGUCGGUAGUAAUAGUAGUAGAUCUUAUCAUGCCUUUCCCCUCAAUUGUUGAGUUCCCGAUCGUUAGUCUUUUUGGCAGCUUCCCUUCAAUCCUUCCUUCCUUCCUUCCUUCCUUCCCUUUGUUCUUUUCAAUGUGUCUGUCUGUUGUUCCGCAUGGACCAAGCCAACCGUGAAUCAUUCCCGCUCGGCAAUUUCCCACCCAAUGAUUAAUCGCCCAUUGGUGUUCAUCUGAUGUUCCCUCAUCGUUCGUUCUUCUCAUCCUGGCGCUGCCCUUCCUUCCCGGCUGUGUCCACACCAUUCCAUUCCAUCCAUCCACAGUCUCGGGUCCGGUGAGGUCAUCGACGCAACUCCCUGGUUUAGUUAACUGAGUUCGUCAACGCAACUCUGUCUAUCCCCACUUGUUAGUCUAGUUCAGGACAUUAGUGUAGUUAGUGCAAUGUAGUCACUUCAGGUUUAGUAAAUUUAAUUG